AUGAGUGAAGGGGCGGCCGCUGCCUCGCCACCUGGAGCCGCUUCGGCAGCCGCCGCCUCGGCCGAGGAGGGCACCGCGGCGGCUGUGGCUGCGGCGGCGGCGGCGGCGGGCGGGGGCCCGGACGGCGGCGGCGAAGGGGCGGCCGAGCCCCCCCGGGAGUUACGCUGUAGCGACUGCAUCGUGUGGAACCGGCAGCAGACGUGGCUGUGCGUGGUGCCUCUGUUCAUCGGCUUCAUCGGCCUGGGGCUCAGCCUUAUGCUGCUCAAAUGGAUCGUGGUGGGCUCCGUCAAGGAAUACGUGCCCACCGACCUGGUGGACUCCAAGGGGAUGGGCCAGGACCCCUUCUUCCUCUCCAAGCCCAGCUCCUUUCCCAAGGCCAUGGAGACCACCACCACGACCACUUCCACCACGUCUCCAGCCACCUCCGCCGGCGGCGCCGCCUCUUCCAGGACGCCCAACCGGAUUAGCACCCGGCUGACCACCAUCACGCGGGCGCCCACUCGCUUCCCCGGGCAGCGGGUGCCCAUCCGGGCCAGCCCGCGCUCCACCACGGCACGGAACACUGCGGCCCCCUCGACGGUUUUGUCCACGACAGCCCCUUUCUUCGGUAGCAGCACUCCGGGCUCCCGACCCCCUGUGCCAGGAACCCCCAGUACCCCGGCCAUGCCCUCCUGGCCCACUGCGGCAUACGCUACCUCCUCCUACCUUCAUGAUUCUACUCCCUCCUGGACCCUGUCUCCCUUUCAGGAUGCUGCCUCCUCCUCUUCCUCCUCCUCGUCUUCCUCCUCUACCACCACCACGCCAGAAACUAGCACCAGCCCCAAAUUUCAUACGACGACAUAUUCCACUGAGCGAUCUGAGCACUUCAAACCCUGCCGAGACAAGGACCUUGCCUACUGUCUCAAUGAUGGCGAGUGCUUUGUGAUCGAAACCUUGACCGGAUCCCAUAAACACUGUCGGUGCAAAGAAGGCUACCAAGGAGUCCGUUGUGAUCAAUUUCUGCCGAAAACUGAUUCCAUCUUAUCGGAUCCAACAGACCACUUGGGGAUUGAAUUCAUGGAGAGUGAAGAAGUUUAUCAGAGGCAGGUGCUGUCAAUUUCAUGUAUCAUCUUUGGAAUUGUCAUCGUGGGCAUGUUCUGUGCAGCAUUCUACUUCAAAAGCAAGAAACAUGCUAAGCAAAUUCAAGAGCAACUGAAAGAGCCACAUAACAAAAACUACAGUCUCAAAGCAUCCAGCACAAUGGCAAAGUCAGAGAACUUGGUGAAGAAUCAUGUCCAGCUGCAAAAUUAUUCAAAGGCGGAAAGGCAUCCCGUGACUGCAUUGGAGAAAAUGAUGGAGUCAAGUUUUGCCGGCCCCCAGUCAUUCCCAGAGGUCCCUUCUCCCAACAGAGGAAGCCAAUCUGUCAAACACCACAGCAGGACUCUCUCCUCUUGCUGCAGCCCAGGGCAAAGGAGUGGUAUGCUCCAUAGGAAUGCCUUCAGAAGGACACCCCCCUCACCCCGAAGUAGGUUGGGCGGAAUCGUGGGACCAGCAUAUCAGCAACUCGAGGAAUCAAGGAUCCCAGACCAGGAUACGAUACCUUGCCAAGGGAUAGAGGUCAGGAAGACUAUAUCCCACCUGCCUAUACAGCUGUGGUGUGUUGAAAGAUCCCUGGACUUAAAGUAUUCAUCCAGUGGUUUAACAACCCAACAAAAUGCAUCAAUAAAUAUGCAACUGCCUUCCAGAGAGACAAACUCCUAUUCUAAUAGCUUGGAUCAAACGGACCUGAUGGGAUAUUCAUCCCCAAGGGCCAGUUCCGUGCCCAUCAUCCCCUCAGUGGGUCUAGAGGAAACCUGCAUGCAAAUGCCAGGGAUUUCUGAAGUCAAAAGCAUCAAAUGGUGCAAAAACUCCUACUCUGCUGAUAUUGUCAAUGUGAGUAUUCCAGUCAGCGAUUGUCUUAUAGCAGAACAACAAGAAGUGAAAAUAUUGCUAGAAACUGUCCAGGAGCAGAUCCGAAUUCUGACUGGUGCCAGGCGGUCAGAAGACUACGAACUGGCCAGCGUAGAAACCGAGGACAGUGCGAGUGAAAACACAGCCUUUCUCCCCCUGAGUUCCACAGCCAAAUCAGAACGAGAGGCCCAAUUUGUCUUAAGAAAUGAAAUACAAAGAGACCCUGCAUUGACCAAGUGA